AUGUUGACGAUACAAAUUUCUUUGUUAUGUUUAUUUAUUACAAUAAUAAGUUGUAAAAAUGCAUCUGAAUGGCGUUCAAGAUCAAUUUAUCAAAUUCUUACGGAUAGAUUUUCUCCAUCGAAUUAUACUUAUAAUCGAUGUAUAGAAAAUCCGUUGUCAGAAAAUGCAUCAAGAAAUUAUUGUGGUGGAACAUAUCAAGGUGCUAUUGAUCAAUUAGAUUAUAUUGAAGAAAUGGGUUUUAAUGCAAUAUGGAUAUCACCAAUUCCAUCAAAUAUUGAUAGUGAAACAAUGUAUGGUGUUGGUUUUCAUGGAUAUUGGAUGAAUCAUCUUUAUCAACUAAAUAAAUAUUUUGGAAGUGAAAAUGAUUUAAUUGAUUUUAUUAAUGAAGCACAUAAACGUGAUAUUUGGAUUAUGUUAGAUGUUGUUGCUAAUCAUGUUGGACCAAAUAUUUCAACAAAUUAUUUUCCUUUUAAUAAACCAGAAUAUUUUCAUCAACCAUUAUGUUUUAUCCAAGAUUAUGACAAUCAAACACAAGUAAAUAAGGGUAAGGGUAUGGGUAAGGGUGGGUGUCAGUAUGAAAAGUAUCGCCAUCUGUUACUCAAACCUACA